AUGUUCCCUUAUAAAGAAUUUCAAGCAGUUGUGCUUGCUGCUGGAGGAGGAUCCCGCAUGACUGAGCUUACUCGUGGCCAAUAUAAAUGUUUGUUACCAAUUGGAAAUCUACCAAUGCUUUGGUAUCCCCUUCAACUGUUGGAACGUGUCGGCUUCAAAGAAGCUAUUGUUAUUAUAGCUGAAUCUAUGGAACGCAAUGUUUCUUUAGCCUUGAAUGAUUUGAAUCUUAAAAUUAAGACAGACAUUGUUGCUGUGAAAAAUGCAGAAGAUUUGGGAACUGCAGAUUCGAUCAGGCUUAUUCACGAAAAGAUUUACACAGAUUUUUUGGUGAUCUCCUGCGACUUGAUUACAGAUGUGGAUAUAUGCGAAAUCUUGAAUCUUUAUAGGAAACAUAAUGCUAGUAUCACAGCAUUGAUGUUACCUGCUCCUAAAGUACCAGAUGACUUCAUAACACCAGGCCCGAAGAACAAACAAAAGCCUGAAACUGACUUAAUUGGCAUUUGCAAUGAGACUGGACGUUUAAUUUUCUUAGCAUCAGCCUCAGACUUUGAAGAAACAAUAGAAAUUUCACAAUCAUUUCUUAAGAAAUAUCCAAGUUUUACUAUGCAUUCUAGAUUAAUGGAUUCUCAUUUGUAUGUCAUUAAUAAAUGGGUUUUAAAUUUUCUAGUGCAGAAUAAAAAUUUUACCACAUUAAAGGGUGAACUCCUGCCAUAUAUUGUUAGGAAACAAUUUUCAAAACCUCCCAAGCAAUAUGUGGAUGAUAAAAAUACCUCUAUAGUACAAACGAAUUCAAAAGAUGUCAUCUACCGUUUUGCAGUUGAGAAACCACUCGAUGAAUUAAUCAGAAAAAUGUCAGCAUACAACGAUCAUGACACUGAUUUAGAAGAUACAUAUCAUGGGGAUAUAAUACGGUGUUAUGCUUACGUUGGUGAUGGAAAAUUUGGUUUGAGGGCAAAUACUAUACAAAUGUAUCACCUCGCUAAUACAAAGAUAUCAGAAUGGUGGAAUAAUGACAACAAUGAACAGCCUUCUGUACCAAUUAUUGCUCCUACAGCAACGAUACAUAGCACUCAAAUACAAGAUUGUAGAGUGGACAAUAAUGCUCUUAUUGAGGAAAAAACAUCUCUCAAACAUACUCAUAUUGGACCACAUGUUACUGUUGAAUCAAAGACUAGAAUAUCACAGAGUGUUUUAAUGGAAUCCGCAAUUAUCAAGCAACGAUGCGUAAUACAAAAUUGCAUAUUAGGCAGUGGUUGUAUCAUCGAAGAAGGUACUGAAUUGAAGGACUGUAUAGUUGGCUAUAAACAAGUUGUAUCAGCUGGAAGUCAAUAUUCUCGCGAAGUCCUUACUGAUGCAGAUGACUUGAUAGUAAUUUAAUACAUUAUAUUCAAUAAGAAUAAAUAUAUUUGUCUUUAUGAA